AUGGUGGCGGCAGCAGCUGCAGUCGAGCCGCCCUCUCAUGCAAAAGGCGCCUAUGAACCGAUCAAAGAUGUGAAUGCCUCAUUCAUUCAGGAAAUCGGAAGGUAUGCAUGUAUUGAGUACAACAGGAUAAACGAGAAGAAACCUGAGUUUACACCACAUGUAUACCAGAAAGUGGUGAAGGGGGAACAACAGGUGGUGGGUGGAAUGAACUACAGGCUCGCAUUAAUGGUCACAGUCAACAAACAAAGUCAAUAUUAUCAGGCCAUCGUGUAUGACAGGUCAUGGGAGAGCCACAGAGAACUUACAUCUUUCCGUCGCCUCUUGCAGAAUUGA